AUGACUUUGCAUAUAAAGUUUAAAGAUACAAAAGCGCGAAUUUAUCUAUCUAUCUAUCUAUCUAUCUAUCUAUCUAUCUAUCUAUCUAUCUAUCUAUCUAUCUAUCUAUCUAUCUAUCUAUCUAUCUCAGCCUGUUUAUAUCUAUCUAUCUCAGCCUGUUUAUAUCUAUCAUCUAUCAUUCAUCUAUCUAUCUAUCUAUCUAUCUAUCUAUCUAUCUAUCUCAUUUCAUUCAUAUCUAUCUAUCUAUCUCAGCCAUCUAUCUAUUAUCUAUCUAUCUAUUCAUCUCAUAUCUAUCAUAUCUAUCUAUCUAUCUAUCUAUUGAUUCUGUAUCAUCUAUCUAUUCAUCUAUUUUAUCUAUUCUAUCUAUCUAUCUAUCUUCUAUCUAUCCACAUCUAUCUAUCUAUCUAUCUAUCUCAGCCUGUUCAUAUCUAUCUAUCUAUCUAUCUAUCUAUCUAUCUAUCUAUCUAUCUAUCUAUCUAUCUAUCUAUCUAUCUAUCUCAGUCUGUGUAUGUGUCGAAUAGUAUGUCUGUUGGCUAA